CCCAUGUCCUCAAUGCUUAUGGUCCCAUCAAUCCUGAGCACCAUUGUGCAGAUUGUUUUCCUCUUGGAGAAAAAUGGCCACAGACGACUACUUCCUGAAUAAUGAAACUGCAGGCAUCACCCCUGCAACAGCCUUUGAGACGUCAAUGAACCUUUCAACAAGCCCUUCUUUUGAUUAUUAUACUGCUACUGAUUAUGAGAGUGAUGACUGCGACCAAAGAAGCUUGAUUGUUUUUGGAGCCAACUUGACGGUCAUCUUUUUGUCUUUUGUGAUAUUUUUCAGUCUGUUUGGCAACCUCCUUGUUCUUGUGAUUCUGUUCAAGUACGAGAAUGUCAAAUCAAUCACCAACACGCUGAUCCUGAACCUGGCUGUGUCGGAUCUCUUCUUCACCUUAGGCCUGCCCUUCUGGGCUUACUACCACAUUCAUGGAUGGACCUUAGGGGAGCCUGCAUGCCAAGUCGUCAGCUUUAUUUUCUUUCUUGGGUUCUACAGCAGUGGUUUCUUCCUCAUCCUGAUGACAAUUCACCGCUACAUAGCUGUGAUGAAUCCUCUGUCAAGCGUUGUAUCCACGACAGGCCCUUCUGGGAUUUUAACAGCGGUCCUGGUUUGGAUUGUCAGUAUCCUGGCAGCCACUCCUGUCUUCAUCUUCAUCAAAGUCCAAGAAAUCAAACACUUUUCAGAAUCUGGUGAUGAGUCUUUUUUUUGUGAAUAUGGGAGCUCUUUUGCUACAAAAUUGGGAAUCUAUGAACAAAAUGUUCUCUUUGUCUUAACGGCCUUGGUGUUUGUUUUUUGCUACUCUCAGAUUGUGUGCCGUCUUCUGCGCCCUACUGCCCAAAGACGAAGAAACAAAACUGUCAAACUCAUUUUCAUUCUCAUGCUCGUCUUCUUUUUGGGGUGGGGACCUUAUAAUAUUGUAAUUUUUCUGAAGUCGCUGCGUCAUGGGGCCCCAACAACUGCCGAAGAUUCAGAAAAGUCAGACAUUUGUUUAAAACACAAAACCCUUGAGUAUGCCUUCUACGUCAGCCGGCUCGUUGCCUUUUCUCACUGCUGCCUCAACCCGGUGUUUUACGUGUUUGCAGGAGUGAAAUUCAAAAGCCAUUUAAAAAAACUGCUGGAAAACUUGUGCCACAGCAAGAACAGGAUCUCCAGAGGAGAUAACAGACACACAAUCACGUCUUACACAAGCGGCAACGAAUACCCGUGCAGCGUUCAAAAAAGCAGUUUCUAAUUUGAAAGAAUGAAUGUUUUUUUUUUUUUUCAUUACAUCAAAUGUAAAUAAUACUUUUAAUUUUAGCAUGUCUUAUAUGGUAGAAAUACAAACCUUUUGUUUUUAGUUUCAGGGGUGGUGGAAACAUGAUGCAUCUGAGAGCUUCGUCGGGUGAAAACAAAAGACAUGUAGACGUUUGGUCCUUAUAAUUUGGCUGGGAUGAAUACAACUGGACUUUUAUUGAAGAAUCAAAAUCUAAAUGAUCCCACAAAACUUGAAUGUCUGGUUCCAACCAUUAACGCUGAACAGUUCUCUCAGAUAACUGUUAAACUGCAUUCAGCAACAAAAAUAAAAUCAUUUUGAUUAGUUUUUUUAUUUAAGCAUAUUUGACCACAUAUCUGUACAGACAUUUGUAGACAUUUGUCAUUCUGCUAAUUUAAUAGAAAAACAGCCUAUUUGUCUGCUUGUAGCGGAUUAUGGGAAAGACUUCUAUUAGAGAAUGUAAACUAUGACAAAAUAAAAUACGUUUUCGUAACAUUUUGUAUGUUUUUCCCCCCUUAGGCUUUGCUUGCCUUUAGUGGGAUAGAAAGUCGUUGUAAUGUAAAUAAGAAAAGCCCAGAUUUAUUUCACUGUAAACUACAAUAUGUUGUUUUCACUAUUUCUAUAUAACAGUUUUACAUCUUCAUUUUGUUCAUUCCUUGUUCUAAAACAGUUGCUAUCAUUGAUGAUGAUACGUUUUGUUAAAAUGUAAAUAGUUGAUGCUACCGUCACCAUAACUGUAUACACUUGACUUCACUUGA